UGAGCGCCAACUCUGGCUGUGGUGGCUAAGGCAGAGCAGAGGAGGGGGUGGGUUUGAAAAUAAGAAACAGAUGAAAAACAAGCUACACUAAUAGUAGUUAACUCGUAGUUUUCUGGCCAUGUUUCGCUAUAAGACUGCCUGGUUUUCUAGCAGUGUGCCACAGACCUGUUACAUGUUUUGGACUUCAGAGGGGGGCUCCAUUGCUCAUUGGAGGACAGCGGAUUACCUUUUCAGUGAAGAUGCUACAUGCCCUGAUACUCUUAGGAUCUUUGAGAGCAAGGAUUACCUCUGGAACAAGCUGACAAUAUUUCACAGCUUGUUUCUGUCCACCUGUGAAAAGAGGCAGAGUGUGAAGUCUGUGAGCAUUGGUCAAUAUGUGCUGCCUCCAGCCUCCGUACAAGAUGAGGUGAGAAAAGUGUUUGGGCAGCUGAUUUGGGAGCGUAAUAAUGAGCAGUCAGCGGAUGAGCACUCCCUGAAAAGCUAUAAUUGCCCAACAGAUGAUGAGUUCAGCGAAGAAGAAAUCAGCAUAAGUUCUGGAUUAUCUGACACCGACUCAUCAGAAAAUGAAGCACCACUUUGUGGUCGUAUGCAAAAAUAUCCAGUUAAAAGCACGAUUACAGGGUACGUCAGCAUGGACAAGCUGCAGAAAUACUCGGGUGACCUGUGCGAUUUCUAUUGCGGGUGUUUCCGAUGCUUCAGAUGUAAAACACUCUGCUGUUUGCCACACUCAUAAGCAAGCAAAUAGUUAGAGAAAACCAGCAGUUUUUACAAGAUGAGUUAUUAUGUUUGUUUAUUAUGUUUACAUUGCCUUCCUGCACUGAUUUAUAAUAAAUCAGUAUGUUAUAGCUACUGCUGAUGCCAUUUUGUGAUUUUAUUGUACUCUUGUUACAGUUCUGUGUGCUACAAUAUAAUGUUGUAUAUGUGUGUUAGCUUUUGACUUUCAUAUCAUAAACGAUGGAGAUUUGCCACACGA